CAUUUGGGUGAUCCUGAUCCGAACAUUCGCGAUGCAACGCUUCGGUGACUUUGAAGAGCUCAAGCCUCUAACGAGUGGGCAUCGGCCGUAUCAUGAGUCCCCAUCAUUUGUCGGCGGCGUGGACUUUAUCCGUCGUCAGACGGUUCCGAGACGAGGAGCGACGACUAAAAAAGUGACAUUGACGAGUCAAGGCAACUGGAUCAACGAGUACCCUGUCCCUCGACCCAUUGUCAGUGCCAUUGAAUCAAAGUGGCUAGGGGGCAAAUCAACGGAGUUUACACAUCUGAGAUACACUGCUGCCACUUGUGAUCCAGAUGACUUCACCGCAGCCAACGGAUGGAAUCUGCGAGUCAACGAAUAUGGACGGGAAACGGAAUUAUUGAUCGCAGUCACGAGCUACAACGAGGAUAAACAUCUCUACGCCAGGACCUUGCAUCAUGUCAUGCUGAAUAUCAGGGAUAUCUGUAAUACCAAGGCAUCCAAAUUUUGGCGUCGGACAGCCGAAGAAGGAAUGCCAGGCUGGAAACGGAUCGUCGUGACAUUGAUUGCUGAUGGUCUGGGACCGAUGGACACUUCAGUAUUGGAUGUCUUGGCUACCAUAGGCGUCUACCAAGAUGGCGUGCUGAAGAAAGCUGUCAAUGACAAGCCCACCGUGGCUCAUAUCUUUGAGUACACUACCCAGCUGUCGAUAGACGCGACGCCUCAGCUGGUGCAACCGCAUGCCGGGGAUCCAAACAACUUGGUCCCCGUGCAAAUCAUCCUUGUCCUCAAACAGGAGAACAGCAAAAAGAUCAAUUCUCACCGAUGGCUGUUCAAUGCCAUCGGCAGGCAGAUCAACCCAGAAAUCUGCGUCUUACUGGACGCCGGAACAAAACCCGGCCACAAGGCCAUCUAUCACUUAUGGGAGGCGUUCUACAAUAAUCCUAACCUCGGUGGCGCUUGUGGAGAGAUUCACGCCAUGAUCAGCAAAGGAAAGAAACUGUUCAAUCCGCUGGUUGCUGCUCAGAAUUUCGAGUACAAGAUGUCCAACAUUCUGGACAAGCCGCUGGAAAGUAGUUUUGGAUAUGUGAGCGUUCUUCCCGGAGCAUUCUCGGCCUAUCGGUUCCGAGCGAUCCAAGGUCGACCUCUGGAACAAUAUUUCCACGGAGAUCAUACCAUGGCUGCUCGACUAGGUAGGAAAGGGAUAGAAGGGAUGAACAUUUUCACCAAGAACAUGUUUCUCGCCGAAGAUAGGAUCCUGUGUUUCGAACUCGUCGCCAAAGCUAGAGACCGGUGGACGUUGUCCUAUGUCAAGCCAAGCAAGGCAGAGACGGAUGUGCCGGAGCAAGCUGCCGAGCUCAUCAGUCAGAGGAGGCGGUGGUUGAACGGAUCAUUCGCCGCAUCUGUUUACGCCCUCAUUCACUUCUUCCGGCUCUAUCGAAGUGGUCACGGGCCGUUCCGGAUGUUUGCUUUACACAUCCAGGCACUCUACAAUCUCUUCAGUCUGGUAUUCUCUUGGUUCGCUUUGGCAAACCUGUGGCUCACGUUCUCGAUCAUCAUUGAUCUCGUGCCCAACAUGUCACACAUCAACCUCUUCGUCACGGACGACGUGACUCAUUGGGUGAACUUUGGUCUCAAAGCCCUUUAUCUCUUGUUCCUUCUCCUGCAGUUCAUCCUCGCGCUUGGCAAUCGACCGAAAGGAGAGAAGGGGUUGUAUCUGCUCACCUUUUGGGUAUACGCUGUACUGGCAGGCUACAUGAUCGUUUGCUCCGUCAUUCUUUCCAUCAAGGCGUUCCAAGCUGUCCUAGGUGUACCUGGAAGUAUUCUUGAUAAACUUCGGGAUUUGUUCAACAGUAGCAACGGUACCCUGGUUGCAGCGGUUUUGUCCGUGAUUGGGUUCUACUCGCUCGCCUCUCUGCUCUAUAUGGAUCCAUGGCAUAUGAUCAGCUCGUUCCCCCAAUACAUGUUGCUGGCGCCUUCUUUUACCAAUAUCUUGAACGUCUACGCGUUCUGCAACCUGCAUGACGUAUCCUGGGGCACCAAGGGGUCGGACCGCGCCGACGCACUUCCCGCUGUGCACUCGGGAGGCGAAGAUGUGCAACGGGCACAAGAGGAUCUCGAUGAAUCAUUCUUUGUCGUCGUCAAGCGAGCAGUGUCACCAUCGGCAUCGCCGAAUGUACAGGACAGUGGACCUAGCUUGGAUGAUCAAAAUCGUACCUUUCGAACACGCCUCGUCGGUGUGUGGCUUUUGAGCAAUGCCGGGUUGGCAGCUUGUAUCCAAUUUGGUGUGAAACGGACAUCGAAAUUGGUCGAAAAGUGUCUCGAGACGGACACGCCUGUGUCUGCUCAAUGUGUCCAUGAUGCUCUGUACGCGCAAAGCGAUUCAUUACAGGCGAGACAACAUAUCUACUUUCGUUACCUUCUUUGGGCCACGUUUGGAUUGUGCGCCGUCAGAUUUGUUGGAUGCGUAUGGUACUGGGCCAUUCGGCAGAUGAGUAGGUGUUGUAGGCGGAAUUGAGGAAGAACGUGGACUGGAGUAGUGGUGGUAAUGAUGAUGAUGACGAUGAUGAUG